AUGAUAGCGGCAUUACACAUAGAAAUUAUAUUUUACUGCGCAACAUUCGGCGAAAUAAGUGCAAAGAAGUGGGAUCCAGUUGCUGUGACAAGAAACAACUUGUUAGGAUUUACACACGCUUUGAAUGCUGUUAGGUCUUACGGAAAAAUAAAAAAGUUUAUCUAUGUCAGUUCCGAAGAGGUUUAUGGUAAAGCAUUAGGCAAGAAAUCUGAGCUACUGAACUCUCGUCCUGAAAAUGUAGUUUCGGCUAGUGAAAGCGGAGCCGAAGCUAUGCUGAGUGCCUACUUCACCAGUUACCGACUGCCACUGCUCGUGGCACGUUUAUCCCAAAUUGUUUUUGGUGGCGUGAUGAACGAGAAUAACCUCUUAAAAAAGCUCUUAGAAGGUUAA